GUUGAUAGAUAAGAUAUAAUCGUUUUUAAAGUUCAGAUAUCAAGUAUUUUGUUGCCAUUGUUUGUAGAGGUUCUCCACGGUUUCCAUCGCUCAACUUUGGCAGUGCCACAAGGCAUAACGUUCGAUAUGAUCCCACAACAGUGGCAGUCGGUGGUGGAUCACUCUAGGAGGCCACCUUCCACCAGUACACCUGUUGUUCCCCGAUCUCCUCGAGCUUUGAGAUCGCAGCUUCCCCAGAGAACGUCGUUAUCUUUAUUAGAAUCCCUCCAGGCCGAGAUUGGACAGCUCGAAACAAGGAAACUGUAUCCCCGCCUUUCAUUAUAUCGCGCACUCACCGAGUUCAAAAGCAACAACACACCACGUCGAUCGACCGGUGACCAGACACGGGAUUCUCGCAGAACUUUCUUGGAUUCCUUCUCGUACCUCUGCGAUGUUAAGAAGGGCGGGGGCACAGUCAGGGCUGCCGCGUUGCAAAGUCUCGAUCUGAGUGACAUUCUUUGGCUUGCUGCCAACGAAGGCAUAGUCGAUAGCACUCUAGCAUAUGCGAAGACUAUACUACGAAGAUUGCAGGCUGUGUCUACACAGAAUCGUAAGCAGCUUCAAGAUACCAUCUUCGAACUCGCUGUUGUGCAAUGCAGUCACCGCGUUCAAUAUUACAAAGGAAAAGUUCAAAAUUACGCAAAAUGGUGCAGGAUCGCCCUGAAACAUGUCCAGCGGGACGACAAUGUGCAAUCUUUGAGACGAGCCUUCAGAAAGCUGUCCGAGCCUGGCCCAAAUAUGGAAAUGGGGGAGUACAUCAAACUCUGCUAUGAGAUGAGAAGUGCAGGUAACGGAAUUUACCAACGCACAAAGGAAGCGUCAGAGAAUGAGGGAGAUGACUUCAGCAAUUUAGCACACUACAUCUGGCGCCUUGGUGCUACGCGCGCUCAUGCGAACUCUGUGGUGGAAUCUAUGAUCGCCGUUCCAUCUCUGCAACGCAUCUCAGAGAUCCGGACUCUUGCGCCUCCCACCAUUGAUGACAAGACUAUCCACCCAGACUGCCAUAGUCCUCAUGAAAUCCUCCAAGACAUCUUUGCCGAGACUAACUCUUACAACCCUCUACAGGCCAAGAAUGCAUUCAUGCGGCUGUUCGAAUUGGACCCACCAAGACAAAGGCCAAUUCGACAAAAAGUAGUGUCCUACCAGCCGAUACGUACGAGAGUUCACGCGGAACUACAGCUUGCAGAUAUGUUCAGCAGAUCAAAGAACAUGAUGUUUGUGGAUAACGACAAGUAUAUUGGCUGCAGCAAGCCCGCAUGCUACUUCUGUUACAACUGGCUCUACAGCAAGCAAUAUGUGCGGCCAGCAACGCAUUAUAAGAUCAUCGUAGGGUGCCGGGGGCCAGACCAUGAUCUCAAUGCAAACGGUGCCAUCAUCAACAGAGACAUGUACUCGAAGAUUAUCCGCCAGAUUGACCAAGAUAUCAUUGAUUUUCUCGGACGAGAAUCAACGCCUCGAAGACAUCAGUUCAUGUCUACGGAAGCUUCAAGCCAGACCACGAGCAUGAUCUGAUCGCGGCGAUGGGUAGAAGAUUUACCGUGUGCUUAAUUCGGGAGACAGGAUGGUUGAAUACGUAGUCGGUGGGAAUUGAUUCUGGUGGAUGCUACCUACUUUCACUUCAAUGUUAUCGUAAUGAUUUUCCUAUGAAG